AUGGACACCGAGGACCAGAGGGACGUCGAGCUGUCGACCCUGUCGGCCAUCUUCCCCGAGAUCCAGAGAGUUCACGAUGAUGACCCGUACACCUUUGUGCUGGACGUUCCUGUGAACCCAACAAAGGCUGUCACGGUCUUUUUCCCCGCGGCCAAAGAGGCACAGAGUCUGAACCCAGAGGUAGCGCAGGAGCCCGGCGCUGCCGUGGCGGGGCCCAAUCCAAACGCGAUUGAUUCUCACGAGCUGGCCCACCUGCCUGCUGUCCGCGUACAAAUCUCGCUGCCUCCGGCGUACCCGGCAGAGAAACCCCCGGUGGCCAGUGUGUCAACCCAACCAUCAUGGCUUCCCUCAGAAACGGCCAAGAAGCUGGAAGAUGACUGCGCACGCUUGUGGGAGGAGCUCGGUCGCGAUCUCGUUGCCUUUACCUACCUUGAUCACGUCCAGCAAUCAGCGGACGAUGUUUUCGGGCUCGUGAGUGAUGUCGGUGCUUUGCAAAUCAGCCCCGAGCACAAGAUCGCUGUUCUGGACUACGAUAUCGAGGCCAAGCGGGUUGCAUUUGAAAACGGGACAUUCGAUUGUGGUGUCUGCCUCGAUCCGAAGAAGGGAGCCAAGUGCCAUCGCAUGAUAGAUUGUGGUCAUGUCUUUUGUACCGAGUGUCUGCAAAGCUUCUACAAUAAUGCCAUCAAAGAAGGCGAUCUCGCUACCGUCCGAUGUCUAGAGCCUAGUUGCGCAAAGGAGAGGACUGCUGCCCAGGCAUCCGACAGCCAGAAACGAAGCAAGCGGAAGACAUUUAUCAGUCCCAGCGAGCUUCUCCAGAUCCCCCUUGAGUCUGACAUGGUGAAACGCUACGUAACUCUGAAGUACAAGACAGAACUCGAAUCAGACAAGCAUACGGUCUACUGCCCGCGACCGUGGUGCCAGGGCGCGGCUCGGUCCAAGAAGCGCAAGAAGCCUGAAGGUUUCGAGCUGCACGAGGCCGAGGACGAUUCGGCCAGCGAAACCGAGGAGGCCCCCAAGGCAGACUCUGAAAAGACAGCCAAGUCCCGGCCAUACGUUGACAGGCUUGCCGUAUGCGAGGACUGCGGCUUUGCCUUCUGUAGCAGGUGCUACCAAGGUUGGCACGGCGACUUCGUCAUUUGUGCUCCCCGCCGCGACGACGGUGAACUCAGCGCGGAAGAGAAGGCUUCGCUGGACUUCAUCAGCUUGCACACCACGCCGUGUCCAACUUGUGCAUGCCCUGCUCAAAAGACGCAUGGUUGUAAUCAUAUGAUCUGCUACAGGUGCCAGACACACUUUUGCUACCUGUGCUCGGCAUGGCUGGACCCUUCGAAUCCAUACCAGCACUUCAACCAGCAGCCCAAUGGAAAAAUUGGUAGCUGUUACAUGAGACUGUGGGAGCUGGAGGAGGGCGACGAGGAUGGGCAGAACUUCUUCGCUGGAGGUCGCGGCGGGCAGCAGGCUCCUAGGAACGAGCAGGAGAUCGCGGAGAUCGCACUCGAGGAGGCAAUCGUCGGGGACGAAGGUGUGGCCAACCACCACCGGCCUGAGCAACGACCGGUGUUGAACGAGAAUGGCCGGCGGGUGGACGUCGAGCGGGAGGGCCCGCUGGUCCUCCGGAUCGAUGCCGGAGCGGCGCCCGCUCCAGGCGCCCGCGGAGGACGCCAACCAGCUCCAGCACCGCAACAGCGCGGCGGCGCACAGAACCGGGGCAGAGGCAAUCCUGCGGGACGGGGACGACAGCAAGCAGCUCAGGGACGAGGGGGUCGAGCAAGGGGGGUUGGUCCACGGCAGAAUCAGUUUCAAGGACCGAACCAUAACUUUAUUCGACGCGAUCAUCACGUCGACGCGCAGCACCUGCGUGACGAGGCCGACCAGGAGGAGAUCCAGGCCGGAGACGCAGCCUGGAUCCGACACUUCGUGCAGCUCGCGCUCAACGACGACGAGGAUUUAAUUGACCAGGACGACUAG